GUAGGCGGAGUGCACACUUGCCCCAAGUGGGAGGACCUUUAAAAAAAGUUCUUAUAAAGUGUGCUGGAUGGAGUGAACAGGGAUCUGUGAUCUUCAUCUCUAUUGCACUUCACUCUAAUGGCACAGAACGGGACUAUAGAGAACGGGCUCCCUCGAAACUCAUGCCCUCCGCCUCCGCCUCUGCCUCAGCCGGUGAAAAUCCCUGAGAUUAAACACACUAAGAUUUUUAUCAAUAAUGAAUGGCACACAUCAAUCAAAGGAAAGAAGUUUACAACAAUCAACCCCGCAACAGGUGUCAAAAUCUGCGACGUCGAGGAAGCGGAUAAAGCUGAUGUGGAUGAGGCGGUGAAAGCUGCCAGAGCGGCCGGGCAGAGAGGCUCGCAGUGGCGGCGGAUGGACGCCUCGAGCCGGGGAAGGUUACUGCCACAGACUCGCGGAUUCUGCUGGAGCGAGAGCGCGCGGUGCUCGCGUAAUCGAUCUGUUCCAGUGCUGAUGGGCAGCGUCCCAUAUUUCGGCUCUCAUGAGUGUAAACUCUGCCAAUGA